AUUUUAUCAAUUUACUAAGUUAAUCUUAAUCAAUUUAGUGAUCAAUUUCUGUAAAAAAACCCAAACGGUAUUAUCAAUUGGAUCAAAUUAAUACAAAAUCUAAAAUUAACGACUAGAAUUGAGUUAAUUGAAAGUGUACGAACUAAAAUGACACAAAAACAAAAGUAUAGGCAGUGUAAUUUAAACUUAUAUUUAUAUUAUGUAUGAAAAUUUUCUAAUCUAUGGAUAAAAUAUGAUAAAAGGGUGUAUCAAUUUCUGAAAUGUUCAAGUUCCCAAAUGUUUGUGGUGUUUAGCAUGUUGGUAUGAUUUAAAAAAUACAAAUUUAUUUCUUAACUAGUGCUCUUUGUAACAUAUGAUUUUAUGAUUUUCUCUCGCCAUUUGUUUUAACAAGCCAUAUAUUUGGUGAGCAUUGAAGUGCUUAAUUAUAAUUAUGUCAUUCAAACGUUUUAAGUCUCAAAAAUGGUUUGUAACUUAUGUCUUAAUUGAUUGUGGUUCUUGGUUGGAAAUGUUACAGCUAGUCGCUUUUGCUAUCUAUAUUGCUUUUGUCAUCUAACCUCCUACAGAUACCAUUCUAAUAUUUGGACAGUCUUAUUGAUUUCUCAUGCUCUCUUUCAUCCGACUAACUUCAUAUACUAUCUUCUCAUCAUCUAUUCCAAAGGUCAUGAAAUAUUUUUUUUCAUGUAUAUAUUAUUUUAUUUGAUAUUUGGGACGAUCAACGAAUUGUUCCUGAAGUCUCUGCAUUUGUGAGUGCAUGCUUGCAGAGAAGCAACAGUCGAAUCCUGGAGAGUAAGCCAUCAUAACAUAUUGCAUUGGGGCACGUACUCAGAGGGGUGUGAUAUGCCCUCAAGAAUAGUGAAUACACGUCUGUCUCUAUCCAUUAGUUCUUGCAACUGUGUUUUGUUUUAUCUCUUUGUUGUUAAAAAAUUAAUCUAUCUUAUUUUAAUUAAUUUUUGUGAUUUAAUAGGAUAUUAUUUUUAACCCCUCAUUCCCAACACAAGAGAUGUAGGAGUUGUGUAUUCUCACAAUGUAAACUUAUAUAUCAAAACUACGAAUUUUACACAUGUUAUUAAUGCACAUUAAUGAGAGGUUGCAUCUGUGCAGUUUGUGAUUAAUUUUAAUGAUUUAAGUGCAGAGUGGGUUUCUGCAAGACUGCAAUUGGUUUUGUAUUCGGAUCGAAAAUGCUCUGAUUUUGUUGUUACUAAGAUAUGAAGAGUUUCUUCAUCGCCUUGUAUACAAUUCAGAACUAACUGCUCUGCCGGACCUGAUUGCCGAUUGGAACAUCUUCAUUGAAUUUUUGGUGAUAUCUAAUAUUUUUAUUAGAUAUCACAGUGUUGAAGACCUGAAAGCAAAUGGAAGCAGAUGCAAAUUCGCAGAUGGAAAUUCACAGUUCUCUCAAUUCAAGUGAUCAACCCAAGAAUCGUGCUCUAACUCCAAUACGAGCAUUAAGGGGUGUAAUUUGUUUACUUGUGUUACUUCUAACAGCGUUUAUGAUGUUAGUGUACAUUGGUUUUGUGACUGCCGUCAUCUUCCGAUUUUUCAGCAUACACUACAGCAGGAAAAUAACAUCAUUGUUCUUCGGUGCCUGGUUAGCUUUGUGGCCUUUUCUCUUUGAAAAGAUCAAUAAAACUGAGGUGGUUUUCUCGGGAGAAAGUGUUCCUGCAAGGGAACGCGUUUUGCUUAUUGCAAACCAUAGAACCGAGGUUGAUUGGAUGUACUUGUGGGACCUUGCAUUACGUAAGGGACGGCUUGGGUACAUAAAGUAUAUUCUUAAGAGCAGUUUGAUGAAAUUACCCGUAUUUGGUUGGGCAUUUCAUAUUAUGGAGUUCAUUCCAGUAGAAAGGCGGUGGGAGGUUGAUGGAUUGAAAAUGCACCAAAUGCUUUCAACUUUUAAGGAUAAUCGAGAUCCUCUUUGGCUUGCUGUUUUCCCCGAAGGAACAGAUUUCACCGAACAAAAGUGCAUUCGAAGUCAAAAACAUGCUGCUGAAAAUGGAUUACCAAUCCUUAAGAACGUCCUGCUUCCAAAAACAAAGGGUUUUUUUACAUGCUUGGAGGAAUUGAAGGAUUCUUUGGAUGCAGUGUAUGACAUAACCAUCGGGUACAAGCAUCGUUGCCCAUCGUUCUUGGACAACGUCUUUGGAGUGGACCCUUCUGAAGUUCAUAUUCAUGUUCGUCGUAUCCCUAUCAAUGACAUCCCGGCAUCUGAAGACAAGACUGGUUCAUGGCUGAUCGAUACAUUCUCUCUCAAAGACCGGUUGCUUUUUGAUUUCUAUUCACAAGGCCAUUUCCCUCAUGAAGGAAUAGAAAAGGAUCUGUCUAUUGGAAAGUGUUUGAUGAACUUUCUGGGCGUUAUUGGCUUGACCAGCGUAUGUACGUUCUUAACCUUUUUCUCAUCUGGCUGGUUCAAAAUAUACAUCUCUUUAGUUUGUGCAUAUCUGGCUUCUGCUACCUAUUUGCACAUUCGACCUUGGCCGUUGUUGGCUGUGUGAAAGCCAGAUUCAUGUCUUAUCUAUACAUGUAUUGAUCAAGCACAAUUUUCGGGGCUUUAAACUCCAACGGUUAGUAUCAAUCUUUUCUCUCCGUUAGCAUGAUCUGGUUUCUGCCUUUGACUGUAUGUUCCGGUUGAAGAGUGUUGUUGGGAAGUGUGUUAAAGUUUCAAGGCACAUAUGUAACACAUUUUAGUUGUUGCAUUAUGUAGUGUCACUAUAUAAUGAUCAAUAUUAGGUCUUUUGGUAAUUA